CAGCCGCAAGCGAAUCGACCCGUGGCUCUUCCGGACCAUCUCCUUUACCAUGAGCAGAGCGAGAGCUUAUCCUUCCUGCCUUUGCAAACAUCCUUAUCUUGUUCGCUUUUGACAAGACACAGUGAGAGAGGUUGAUGACUGCUAUGGUGUACUGAACACGUGGAACAUCUCUCUUCAACAUGGCCGUGGUUUUGUUCGUCAUUGCCGCCGUGGUGAUCUUGCCAUUCCUGACCUAUUAUGUGACUUCGGCAUUGUUCUUUCGGACAGCCAAUAGCACCAUUGAUGGGAAAAAGCCUGCGACCGUCCCGUACUUCAUACCCGCCGUCUUCCAUUCGUUCGGCUUCCUCCAUUGGGGCGCCCCAAAAUACUUUGCCGAACUCAUUAAGGACUAUGGCUCUUUCGCCCCGUUUAGGAUUCGAGUAGGACUCCGCUCAAUUGUGAUCCUGCGAGAUCCCACUCAUGUCAGCAGGGUGUUGAACGCGCCUGAGCAUUUGACUGCAACUGCAAGCGAAGUCGAGAUACUCGACAAGAUAUUUCGUUCGCCAAGAGCUGGGAAACAUCUUCAACAAACCAAAGCUGAUGAUUCAGAAAAUGGCGACAAGAAAACGCUUCCCUUCGAUAUCCCGGACGCUACCCUUGAAUCAACGACUGAGGCUUACAUAUCUAUUUUGUCUGCGAAUAUGCAGGACAAAAUGUUCCAGUCUAAUACUUGGACUAGUAUCGAGGAUUUGUGGUCGUUCCUCCAGCUGGUAUCCCUUCGCUGCACCUUGGAGACGUUCUUCGGAUCUGCGCUAUUGAAGAAAUAUCCCCGGAUUUUGCGCGAUUUCGUCAUGUUUGAUGCUGCCAUCGAGGGAUAUGUACACGGUAUGCCUCGCCUAUUGAUAUCCGGUGCUUCAAAAUCACGAGACCGCCUAUACCAGGGCGUGGGGAGUUGGUUGAGCUUUGAAAGUGGUGCAGAACAUGCAGAUGAUCUGGUGUGGAACCAAGUGAACGGCAUGGGAUUUAUUCGCGAGCACUAUCGUGCCCUCAAAGUCGACAACGACGAGGAGGUAAAUCUUAAAGCAAGGGUGGCUGAGGUGCUCAGCAUCAUCCACGCGACUAACACUGCGCUCGUUUCCCCAAUAUUCUGGACGGUUGUCGAGACUUUGCGCAAGUCUCAUCUAACCCGCAACAUGACAAAUAUCGUAGAUAAGCACUUGUCGCCGAAAACACGCAAAUACGACAUUCCAGGGCUCCUCCAAGAGCCUCUCGCAAAGUCACUCCAGACUGAAGUGCAGAGGCUUCGGACAGCGACAUGUGUAGUGCGCACUAAUGAGACAGACGGCUAUCCUCUAGACAAGCAGUGGUCUCUAGGCAAGGGAGCCACGGUGGUUAUAUUCUCCCACGACAUUGCUCUCAAUAAAGACUUGUGGAAAAAAUUGCAGCCCCAAGCUCUCGAGAGGCCGCUUGAAGAAUUCUGGGCAGAGCGCUUUAUGGUUCCCGACCGGAAGUCCAAGUCCAAGAAGGGCGUCGUUACGACGGGCGACGUCGAUGCAGACAAUCUGGGAGAUUUGCUCACAAGGCUUACCGUAAGCAAUCAGUACCCAGGGUCUCGCCUUGUUUCGUCUCUACGAAUGGCUACAGUGGCGUUGUUAUUUGCCGAUUUUGAGAUAGAAUUGUGUGAGCCUGAGUACGUGGACGCGAUUUUACCUCUGAAUGGUGAGCUUGCUUACGGCCAUGUGAAGCCGCUGGACAAAAUCGUAGUGCGCAUUCGGAAGCGCAAGCACUAAAAGCAUGAGGACUUUGAGCGAAGUCGUGUGGUACUUAUUGGGUAUGUCAGAAACCUGUCGUUUCUAUUGGCUGGAGUCACCCUUUUGUGAAAUGGG